AAUCAAAAAUAAGGCUGACAUAAUCAAUGUAUAUAGCACUAGGUCUGCCUGACUUGUGAUCCAGUGCUGCAUAUGUGUGCUACUCUUCGUACCAGCAGUCAAGGCAGUGGCAGACCUCUUCCUGCAGAAGGCCAUCAGAGCAGGAUUCUGAGUACCAUCUCAGGAGCGUUGACAAAACCUGUCUCUAUUGCAAAACACUGUGCAGCAUCAACAACAUGGAUGAACUAGAAAUGCCAGACUUCACCAAACCCUGGAAGCAUGGCAACAUCAUCUUCAUAGUAGAAGAGAAGAAAAUCUAUGCCAGUAAAGCUAUACUGUCUAUGUGGUCUCCAAUGAUGGAUGCUAUGUUUUCACAUGAUUUUGUGGAGAAGGAAGCAAAAGAGAUCCCCCUACCUGGGAAGAACUAUAAUGAUAUGGCUGAACUGAUGGCUGUCAUCCACCCACCUCUCAAGCCUAUAGAUGAUACCAAUGUUUUUACAGUUCUUCCCCUGCUCCAAGAGUACCAAUUCACAAAAUUUGUUCAUCAAGCAGAAGAGUUUCUUCUAUCCAAGCCCUGCAGCAUAAAAAUCUUGGUGGUAGCCCAGAAAUAUUAUCUACCAAGACUGCUGGAGAAGUGCAUAAAAUAUGCUGACUCAACCUCACUGUCCACACUCAAACAACAACCAGACUUUCGAGAAAUAGGAACUGAUGUUUUGGUCCAGAUUCUUAUGAAUAAAGUAGAAAGCUAUGAAUCACUUGGGAAUGACCUGAAAAGGUUUCUCAAGAGUGUUGUUGUUGUCAAUGAUGUCAAGCAACGGCCAUAUUCCUGUCAACAGGUUGACGGGGAUGAUACUACAUAUCACCGUAUAGGAUCACAUCGCCAAUGUCCCUCAUGUACCAAAUACAUACAUGAUGAAGUGGAAAAGUUCUGUGCCAGACUUUAAAUUUUUAUGACACUUCAAAUGCUACCAGAAUGAAAACUAUUAUUAUAAUGGUUCCAGUUGUAUGAAUAUUUUUUUUUCACUGAGAACAUACACACACACACAGUUGGAAAAGUACUCUGAUAAGUUGUAUUAAAUGUUCAAUUUUGUUCAUUUGACACUGUAUAAAUUGGACAAUUCUAUAGGAGCAUAAAAUAUUUUUCGCUCCUGAACUUUAAUUUUUUCUUUGUAUUACUGGCAAAACUUUAAUUAAAAACUAUAUUUAUUUGGCACUGGUGUCUGUGAUAGUUGUAGCUUUCAAUUCACUUUUUCUGUAAUAAGGUUGCAGAGUUUGUUGGAAUGUAUUUAUUUUGAAUGUAAUAAAAUAUGAUUAAAGCAAUAA